GGAAAACAAAGAGAGGCGAAUGAAUUGAACCAUCAAGAGAGCAUCGAGUGGUGGUGGCGGCCACAUUCGCCAAAACGACGUGCGUAUCAAUGGGUUCUGUCGAUUGGCCCGCGCCUUCGUAAAAUUGCCCUCACGCACGCUCACGGGUGGGUAAAUCUCUCACUCGCCGAUCAAUUCACAGCACAGCAGCGAGGGAAAAGGUUUCCCCCAGAGAGAGAGAGAGAGAGAGAGAGAGAGAGAGAGAGAGACCUAGAGAUCUCCCUCUCUGGUGAAAGAUAGAGAUUCAUACUUCCAUAGAUUUCUCUCGUUCUUGAGUCCUCUCGCUGCCAAUGGGCAUUUGGGAAGCUUUUCUCAAUUGGCUUCGAAGGCGUCAGGGUAUAGGAAAUGGUGAUGGAUUUGUCGGAGUUUUGACACAGGCGUUUGGUUUCUGUUAGCCUUUUCUUCAAGCAAGAAAUGGAGCUUUCUUUAAUAGGGCUCCAAAAUGCUGGGAAAACUUCACUUGUAAAUGUUGUUGCUACUGGUGGAUAUAGUGAAGACAUGAUCCCUACAGUGGGGUUCAAUAUGAGGAAAGUUACAAAGGGGAAUGUUACAAUAAAGUUGUGGGAUCUUGGAGGUCAACCCAGAUUCCGCAGUAUGUGGGAGAGAUAUUGUCGCGCAGUUUCUGCAAUUGUUUAUGUUGUUGAUGCUGCUGAUCAUGAUAAUAUCAGCAUCUCAAGAAGCGAACUCCAUGAUCUGCUGGGGAAACCAUCGCUGAGCGGAAUUCCCUUGCUGGUGUUGGGUAACAAGAUCGACAAGCCGGGAGCCCUGACUAAGGAGGCCCUGACCGAUCAAAUGGGACUAAGAUCCAUCACUGAUAGAGAGGUAUGCUGCUUUAUGAUCUCUUGCAAAAACUCGACCAAUAUCGAUUCAGUUAUUGAUUGGCUUGUCAAGCAUUCGAAAUCAAAGAGCUGAGGAACAAGCUUCUAUUUGCCUCCCCCCUGUAUUUUGAGAUCUGUACUUUGCCAAAGUUUCUGAGACAUAAUUUGGAGUGCUUUGCUGGCGAGAUUUGUUUGUCCUUGGUUGGUUCCUAAUUAAUCUUCUGGCUGCUGUUUUCGUCUUUAUAGUUGCUGUCUACUGUAUAUUAACUAAAUCGUUUGUCUAGAUGAAAGUAUUCUUUGCAAUUUUCA